AUGGCAGCAGGUCUAAAUGCAUCUUACAUGGCCUCAACAAACUUCUCAAUGGUGAACUUCAGUGGAGAAAGCACGAGGAAGGCACUACUUAUGCAUCGAAAACCCUUUACAGUUUCAGCUCAACAAGCUGAUACUCAAGAUUAUAGCUUGAAAGUUGAAGAGAAAGAGGAGGAAACAGUGCAAAAAGAAGAAGAGAAGCAACCAAAAGUGAUGAAGAGUCCAAGACCAGUUGAGCCUCAAACCAAUGUGAAGAGCAAGAACAUGGGGAUUGAAUUUGGCAGUGAAUGGCUGAGCUCAACAACAAGGCAUGUUAGGAUUUAUGCAGCGUAUAUCGACCCGGAGACGUGUGCGUUUGAUCAAACACAGACGGAUAAACUCACUCUCAUACUUGAUCCCACUGAUGAGUUUGUUUGGACUGAGGAGACUUGCAAUCAAGUCUACUCUUAUUUCCAAGAGCUUAUUGAUCAUUAUGAGGGAGCUGACCUGACAGAAUACACACUUCGUUUGAUUGGUUCCGACAUUGAACACUAUAUAAGGAAGAUGCUGUACAGAGGAGAGAUACAGUAUAAUAUGAAUGCAAGGGUUUUGAACUUUAGCAUGGGAAAGCCAAGAGUUGGUUUUGCUUACAAUGAUGAUCAGAUUCCAGAAGAAUACUUGUAA